UUAAAAUGAAAACUUAAGAAAAAAAAAACCACCAACUUCUUCAAUUCAAUCGUAAAGAAUCUGAAAAUGCUAGCCUCUUCUUCUUCUGGUUCUUCUAGUUGUCUGCAAAACUUAGGAGCUUUUAGAACAGUAACUUCUCCAAAGCAUAAUCGCUCUCUCUUUCAGUCGUCGUCGCAGUGUCGGUGCCAUUGCUCCCUCACCUGCUUCCGAGAGCUGUCGACAACGCAGCCUCCGACCUUCCAAAACGAUGGCGUUCAGCUGCCAAUUACAGAGACCAACAAGCUAUUAAACAACAUCAACAACGACGACGACAACAUGAAAAACAAAGAAGGGAAGAAGAGUGGCAUCCCGAGAGAAGAAGAAGAAGAAGAAGAAGGAGAUGAUGAUAAUGAAGAAGACGAAGAGAGAAAAGGGAUUUCUAAGAUACGAGUGCCCAGGCAAAAAUACAUAUCGGUUUCCAAGGCUGAUCUUCUCAGCGGCAUUUUGUCGAACAUAUUCCGUGCGUCUGCCGUUGAUGAUCAGGAUGAUGACGAAGAGGACUUUCUUCUUUUAUCGUCGUGUUUGGACUCUAUUCUUCAUGCUGAACACAAGAGUAUUUUGGAAGAGAUGCGCUCUGAUUACUUCCAACAAGCAGUCAAUGAUGAAGGCUCGGUUUUCGAUAGUGCCGAGGACUUGGAUUCUUCGGGCAUUAAUGGGGUUGAGAGGAGCGUUGAUGAGGAGGAGCGAGAAACUGAAUUCGAGAACCCAAUUUCGUUUAAUUACGUUCUGGAUUUGAGGAAUCUCCUGCCUUCUUCUUCCCCAAAAAAUGUAAAAAAAGUUGCUGUCGCCACUCGCUUUCAGCGUGCUUUCAUGCAACUUCUUUAUGACGCUCAGUUUGAAGAAUUGUCAGCAAGGGAUUUGAUGCUGACAUCUGCCUUGAACACAGAUUAUCUCCUUACUUUACCAGUAUAUGUUGAUUGGAAGAGAGCAUCUGAAUCCAAUGCAAUAAUAUUUAGACGGGGAUAUGCAGCUGAGAGACAGAAGGGCCUUCUUAUAGUCGAAAAGCUGGAUUACUUGCAGUCUAGGCUUCUAAGAGGGAUCUUCUUCAUUAUCUCAAAACCUUUGGGAAAAUUUGGCAGCUGGAUAACUGAGGCUUUUAGAGAUGCUUUUCAAACAGAAGAAUCAGGAGAUUGGGCAAAGAGAUUGAAGCUUUGGCUUCAGGAGCUAGUUCUUUUCCAGCAAUCAUUUCAGCAGAAUGAAGGAACAUGUAAUGACAUGCUGGGAGUAGACCAACUGUCCGAUAAGGAUCUUCCAAUAUGGAUUGCAGCCCAAAGGGCUGUUUCUCGUUACGAAGGGCUCCUAUCACCAGUUGGUCCCCGUGGAAGACUCUUAAGAAAGUUGCUUACUUGGAUUGGACUUGUUUCCCCAACCCCAGAAGCACCUUUCGAGCCUGAUGGUGAUACUCAUGCUUCUGAGCCUUACAAAGGGCGCAUUUUUUUAUCAAGGAUUACACUUGGUGAUAUUUGGAGACCUGCUACGAGGAAAUACUGUGGAAACGAUAUUUGGAAAAAGUUAAAAACUUCAGUAUCUAUUCUUCUCUCACAGUCAAUCCUCCAGGAGCCUGCAUUUGAAGAACUGAUUCUGCUCUGCACCGAGGAAGUAGAUAAAGUGGGCACUGGAAACAAAGCUGACAUCCCAUCAUUGCAGUUAAAGAUAUACGAAAAAAUUCCUAUUCCAGAUUUACCAGUCGUCUUUCCCCACAAAAAGCUUUCGUUUCGCAUCAUAGACACGGUACGGUUGGACGUUGCAACGAUGGUGGGGCUUUUGGCAUACUUCAUUAACUACAAAUUCGAAGAUGUCUUAUCCUCUCCCUCGGCGAUUUUUCUUGACGUGGUUGCCAUCACUGCUCUUAUAAUCUACGUGUCUCGUGUGGUUCUUGGUUACAAACAGACUUGGGAUAGGUAUCAGCUAUUGGUCAAUAGGACUCUUUAUGAAAAGACUUUAGCAAGUGGCUUUGGCGCAGUUCAUUUUAUCCUCGAUGCUUCCGAACAACAGCAGUACAAGGAAGCCAUUUUGGCCUAUGCAAUCCUGCUCAAGAUGGAGGACAAGAUCCCAUGUCGCCGAAGUGUUGGAGACAAAUGUGAGAGAUUCAUGUACGAUGUGUUUAAAGUAAAGGUUGAGGUGGCGGUUGAUAAAGCGAUUAAUGUGUUGUUGAGACUCGGCCUUGCAACUGAAACUCCUACUGCUGAUGGAAGAACUAGAGUGCAGGCUACGCCUUGUUCUGAGGCAUAUGAAGCCCUUAAAAGGCGUUGGAAUAGUUUGCUUGGUUGUUGAUCUACAAAUUCAUCUCAGAGAUGACAAAGGAUGUAAUUAAUACACACGCAUAUCAUAUCUAUAGAUGUACAGACACAUAUGAUUAUUUUUUAUAUCAACAUUUUUUUUGUGUGUUCAGAA